UGCAUGGAGUGGGUGGGGUAGAAGAUGGAUUUGGGUUUCAAAUUUGUAUGUUUAACGGAUGGUGAACUCAUGAAAUGCUGGGUGUAGAGCAUGUGAAUGACAUCAAUAUCAUCUUGUGGGGCGGGGGGCAAUUUGUGGUCUAUAUUCGCAUGGCAUAGCUCCUCCAACAGAGCUAAACAAAUGAAAUCAUCGGAUGUAUUGUGAUAUAUAUGCUCUUGGAUUCCCGUUGCUGUCGUUUAUUGUCUUCGCCCACACUUCUCUCCCCCAUCACACCCAUAGUCUUUAUAUAAGGACUGAAUAUUGGCUCAUCUUUUACGGCAUGAAGAAGGAGCCCUGAAAUGCAUCCUGUCCUUUAGACGUAUUUUCCCGGCUUCUGCAUUCCAGGCUGACGUCAUCCACAAGUCCAGCAUUCCACGCUGGAUCUACACAGCGGGCUGCUUUCUCCCAGGUCCUUUCCACACGGCUUCCCUCUGGUUGACGGUGGGGACCCCAGACACCCUGCUACGGUUUGGAUCAAGUUGGGACUACUGAUGCUGGAUCCUUCACAUAAUAUGAUGAGCCUGCUUACUUUUCCUAAUAGUUUUAGGGUUUUUUAAAGGUAUGAGUUUUCCAGUGGGCAGUGUGGCAGUAAGCAAUGCCAUUCUAUUUGGAUCAUAUAGUAAUGCCCUAUACUAUUUAACCAAUACAACAAGUAAAGACUGGAAGAAUCCACCAGCAAAUCAUCAAGUGUUUGUGGCUGGGUGCUUCUCGGGUCUAGUCCAGGUAUACUUUACAGCGCCAGUUGAGUUGAUAAAAAUAAGGUUGCAGAACCAGACUGAUUCAUUGAAGAGACAUAAAACAGAAGGCAACAUUCAGGCUAAAUACCAUGGCCCAAUACACUGUGCUAGAAGCAUAUUAAGAGAGGAGGGCAUUACUGGUCUCUACAGAGGGUCUACUGCAUUGGUUCUGCGGGAUGUGCCUACUGUUGGUAUCUAUUUCUUAACGUAUGAAGUAAUUUGCAAAUGGAUGACAAGCAAUGGAGAAAUGCCAAGUACAUGGACAAUGCUUUUUGCUGGCGGUUGUGCAGGAACUGUGGGGUGGGCAGCUGCAAACCCAAUGGAUGUUAUAAAGUCACGCUUACAGAUGGAUGGCAUGUAUAAAGUGCAGUAUAAGGGACUAUAUGACUGCAUUUAUCAAAGUAUUAAACAAGAAGGACUCUGUGUACUGUUGAAAGGUCUCACAGUUAACAGCUUGAGAGGCUUCCCUGUCAAUGCAGUGACUUUUCUGAGUUUUGAAAAGCUUCUCCUUAUCUUACGAUAAAUGAUGACUAUAACCAGAAAUAUAGUAUACGCAUUAAAGGGUCACUAAAGGAAUUUUUUUUUUAUAGCUAAAUCGCUUCCUUUACCUUACUGCAGUCCUGGUUUCAU